ACCUUCAUUCAGUCGCUUUCCGCUUCUCACCGUCCUACAUUGUGUCAAUACUGAAGCCGGGUGAUUUACGCGAGAACUUUUUUUCGCCUUACAACAAUUAUUAUGUUUUAGCCUAACGUAACGUCAAUUUUAAAUUAGAAUGUCACCAUACCGAUCAGUAUUGGGCCGAUUCAUGAAAAAUAUGUUACUGAAAUUAAAUAGUCUCGCCCAGUAUACGCAGUGCAGUUUUAAGUUCCAACGCGUCACAUUAUGAAUGAAUAAUGGAAGACAGUGACAGUAUGAACAGUACGGAGUGGGUUGAGAUUUUGAACUCAGGUCUGAACGGGGUACAGGCAGUGGCGGGGCUUGAGAUCUUGUUUCAGCCAGACGUGGUGCUGGUCGCUCUUUACGUGCCCCUCAUCCUGCUCUCUCUACUGGCUAACGUGCUGCUCAUACUCGUUGCUAUCAAGUGCAAUUACACCAAAAGCGUCACGAAUAUCUUUCUGGUGAAUCUCUCGGCAGCUGAUCUUCUGGUGACGGUUGUGUGUAUGCCUAUCCAGUUGAGUAAGGCUAUCACCCUCGUGUGGUACUACGGACAGACAGUCUGCAAAAUAUUUAACUAUAUACAGGGUGUGGCAGUGGCGGCUAGCGUGUUCACUUUGACCGCAAUGUCCGUAGACCGGUGGGUGUCAAUCGCGCCAGAGCCGAGGCUCCGCCCUCCAGAACGACCACAAGCUUUGCUGCUCUUGGGGCUGUUGUGGACCCUGGCAGCACUCAUCUUUAUACCUCUCGCUUUAGUUGCUUUCGUGCGAACGGAGUCAGUUCCAAUACUAUCACACACACGAACGAACAUUUCGAUAGAAACCAAAGAGGUUCAGUUCUGCACUGAGGAGUGGCCCAGCGCCGGAUCUCGGCAACAGUUCGGGGCUUUUAGCUUUACUCUGGUUUACGCCAUACCAGGCUGCAUAACAAUUAUGUCCUACGCAUGUAUGGGGCGGACUUUGUGCGCGGUGCGGCCGCCCUUCGAUAUCGACGAGGGCAAUAUCGGUAUGCAACAGGGGCUAAGGCUGGUUCGUGAGCGGAAGCGAGUGGCGUGGAUCCUGUUGUUGUUGGCUGUUUUGUUCGCCAUGUGCUGGCUGCCUUACAACAUACUGCAGUUGCUAUUGGACGUCAACAUGCUUUCCACCGCCGACCUCAGCCUUUAUCUGCCCUAUGCGCUUUUUAUAGGUCACGCGAAUUCUGCCAUAAACCCCAUCGUCUACUGUCUGAUGACUCGCAAUUUCCAGCGCUCUCUGCGCAAGCUUCUAUGCUCGCGAGGAAUCUGCCAACGAACCAAAUUUACGUGGCGGUGCACGCAAAAGCCGGAUGGGUCAUCCAGCGAUUACGAACUUUACCACGAACCUCAUAAAAGGUGCUAUCUACAGAUGAACUCUUUGCGUCAUGGCUGCGGAGCUGGUGUCGGGGCAGGAGGAGGAGGAGUCGUGGUAUCCAGGGCGGGGGACGUGGGGUGCAGGCGCGCUCAGACGCAGCUUAGUCACGUGACGCGAUCGUCGCGGCGCCUGGCUCCCGCGCAUACCGUCUCGGUGGAGAUGCUGCAGCGACAUGGGCCUGUAGACCUCAAAUGAAGCCGACGAUUCUUAAAGAACUUUGGGUUGCUAUGCUAGCGGUUUUUAAGUAAGAUACGAUUUCAAUUCCAUUAUAAAAUACUAUGAUUGUCGUAAUCAAUAAAUAUUCUGGAUUUCACUUUCGUUGAACUGACUUGUGGUAAACUAAAAAA